AUGGCUUCCUUCGCUGGACACAAUGUCAGUGGGCCCCGCCCUUGCCAACGCCAUCAUGAAAGCCAUGGCAAUAAGGGCAGGAUAGAGUUUCGCCGGCGCGCUGCGUGGUUCUAUUGCUGGCUACUAACAGGGCGGCGUCACACCGGUCUGUGGCUCUUUUUACGCAUCGAGGAGGCGACAAGGGAUGACCAGGAUAGGCGCAGCAACCAGGGCAACAGAGGCAACAAAGAUGACAAGGAGAGAAAGGAUGAGAACAAGAACGACAACGAGGAGGACGAAGACAACAAGGGUCCGAACCCGGGUGGCGCUGUUCUUGACGCCGAAUCUGCUUUCAAGGAUAGUGCGGAGUAUUUGUCGAAAUAUAUUAACUGCAACGUGACCGUAGAGUGCAUCGAAAAGAACGGUGCCGUUUAUGCGUGCAUGCUGGUUAAGAAAGUGCAGGGCAGCACUGCCAAGAUAUACCGAGCCUAUCUGGUCAUCUCGCAGAACAAGACGCUACUGGCCAUAGGCGUUCCGAGGUCGGGCGUGCCGAGUUUGAAGCGUGGACUGCUCUAUGGUUUGGAAGCAACGAUUCCGCAAAAUUUCGCGGUAAAGCCUUGGCGUCUGCAAACAAGCUACUUUGACAGGGCGCUACUGGAGAGGCUUCAACGGAACGAACAAACUGUCUACCCACGUAGGGAUUCCCUGGCUAAGGGCUCUACAGAUGAAGACUCUGGAGAUGAGGACUCUACGGAUGAAGAUUGCUGGGAUGAGGACUCCUUGGAUGUCUCUGGGGAGGAAGACCCUGCACAAUUUGAGCAAACGCUUAAGGAGUCUAUGGUCGUCCCUUUACAGGAAGCACCUCAACCUCGAUCCUCAAACACAAGCACACCUGGCGCCUCUUUCAUGGAAGUGGACUGCGGGGUUCCUUUUGACAAAGUUGGUUCGCAGACAAGUUCCUCGAGUGACAGCAAGUCGGGGCUAAGCAGUCGCACUCGCAGAGAACCCUUGUGGUUCCCGUUGCCGGCGAAGAUUGGCGGCCUGGCCGUUCUAGAGACAGUGAAGCUCGGGUUGAGCCUGGUGACCGGCCUGCUGAAAAUGCUGAAGACGAAGUUGGCGCAACAGCGCCACGGCAGAAGAGUCUCCAGGUUGCCAGUUCUGAAGCGGGAACCUGGGUUUCAAGAAG